GGAUCUGUAACCCUUACGAAGAAUACGCAGAAUUUCUCUUAGACUUCAAGUUGUUUCUCGUCAUUUGUUCAUGCCGCUAUCAUCUCUACCCGCGCCUGCUUUACAGGCGUCCAGGGCAGCGCUUUCAUCUGCACUUGCCGACCAAGGCGGCCCCAAUGAACAAAUCAUUACUCAGUCUACAAUCCACGAGUCUGGCGAUAAUCCAGAAGUCGACAUGCAAGCGCAAGCAGAAGGUAUUCGUACUGUCUUCAGCGAUCCCACCAACUUCAACGUAAAGCAUCCACUUUACUCUCCUUGGACUCUAUGGUUUGACUCUCCUGCGACCAAAGGUCGUAAUCUACCACAGACUCCUAUAUCCUCUUUCCCUCAGACGCCUAUCCCCCAAACACCAAGCGUUGCUGCUGCUCAGGGUUGGAUGGAAGAUAUUAAGAGGGUUAUCAGCUUUGACAGUGUAGAAGAGUUUUGGGGAUUGUACAACAAUAUUGUCCCGCCUUCACAUUUGCCCCAGAAAGCGAACUACUAUCUUUUCAAGGAAGGUAUAAUACCGGCUUGGGAAGACGAUGCAAACAAGAACGGAGGAAAGUGGAGCAUUCAGCUACCUAAAGAUAAGAAUCGUAAUAACAUUGACAAGAUGUGGUUAUAUACUAUGCUAGCUGCAAUUGGCGAAACUUUCGACCCGCAUCUUGCACAUGGGUGCCCCGGAGACUCGUCGUACACUCAGUCUUUGAUAACAGGUGUAAUUGUCUCUACUCGACCUCAAUUUUAUAGACUAUCGAUCUGGACUAGAUUAGCUCCGACUGGAGGUGGAGAGGACGACGAGAGGUUGCGUGAACGUAUCGAGACUGUUGGAAAGCAUUUCAAGACGAGCGUGCUCGGCUAUUCAGAAGGUCAAAAAUUAGCUGGUCCUCUAUCGACUGAAGUGGAGUUUCUGUCACACAAGGAUUCGGAGAAAAAGGGCAAGGUUGCAAAGAAGCUCAUUGUCUGAAUCGGCUGCGGUACAUUGACUCGUGCUGCCAAUAAUCUCAAAAUAUACUAGUUCAACAGACUGUGUGCUUUUCUAGUCUAAAGCCGAGAUGAUUCAAAGGAGUUAAUUGCGUCCGAAAAAUCGCUAUUCGAGGCCUCCAUCAGGAAAUUGGUGAAGGUAUGAUAAGUGUAUAUGCCCUUAAAUAGCACUACAGUUGUGGACAGAC